AUGGAGGAGUUAAAGCCGCGAGUCCAGCCAUUGGUGAUAAAUGUGAUAGUGGUUGCUUGUAUCAAGUAUAGUUUUAUGAUCAAUUUUGAGUUUUCCUUUGAUGAUGCAAUGGCUGAGAGAGGGUGUACAGUUUAUUCCUUUGAUCCAAGUAUGGGUGUUACUGACCACAAGCACUCAUCAAGAGUUUAUUUUAAGAAUAUGGGCAUUGGGGCAAAAGAUGUUGAUGACUUCAUUCCAAACUUCGAUGGUUAUGUGCAGUUAACACAGAGAUGGAAAAUGAGAACCCUCAAAUCAAUACUGAAAAAUGCUUGGUCAUGA